AUGUCAAAUAAAGAAUAUUUAUACGGGUCAUUGCAUGAUAAUACAGAAAGAGAUGAUACACUAGAAAGACUGAAAAAUGAAUGUGAUGGCUAUAUGAAGAGAAUUGACAAUGAUAUACUCGAGGUUCCUAAGAGCGUGCGUAAUAAUAGUAAGAACAGGGGUUUGGAUGUUCCAGAGCAGGAAUAUCCGUCUGCAAUUAGAAACAAACCUAGCUAUGAUAGGGAUUAUGAACGUCAAUCAAGAUUCAAUCCAUCUUCAAGACUAUCUUCUACAGCAACCUAUGUGGAGGCAGGACCUGUCAGACCAAAAUCAGAUCCAAAACCAGCCAUGGGACCCAACUCCUUUGAUUUUAAAUUGAUGAUGAAUGAAAUUGAUAAGAUGAAGAGAAUUCUCUUAGAACAACAAGAUCAAAUUAAAUACUUGACUGAAAACCUUAGUGUGGAGAAAAAUAAAAACUAUAACUUAAAAUUAGAUAUGGAAGCACAAAGGGCUGAAAACUUUAAAUUGGAAGCUUCAAAUGGUAAAUUGGAAAAUAGACUGAAUCGAUUGGAGAUGAUAACAAAUGACUUAAGAAAAAAUACGUAUUCCAUGACUGCCUCUCCCAGCAUAUCCCCAAUUCGUAAAAAUAAUAUUCCAGGAAGUUGGGCAACAGAACCUGCAGAUUCUCAGAGAUAUUCUCAAUCGUUGUUCUCUUCUAAACCCAAUAGCAGAUCAACAUAUGAUGUAAACGGAAUAAAUCGCCAACCAUCAUGGAUGAAUAGACCAACAGGUGGCUCUUAUAGAACAUCAUCAAAUACCUUUCCACGUACCCGACCUUUCUUGGACUCAUAUUAUCCGCGUAACGACAAUAUAAGAAUAGAUAAUCCUAGAGAGGAAAGCACUGAAGCUCUGUUGGCAAAAUUACCAUGA